AUGAGUCUCACUGAAGAAAUUGACCUGUGGUCACCUUUUACCAGCGACACUCUGUUGGAGGUUCGCACCAGCGUGAUGAAGAAGAUGCCCGGACUAGAGGUCACGUCCGGAAUCGACAAGGAUUUGAGGCAUGGCCCCAUUCACGUAUCAUAUCUCGGACUCGAUGCGGAUGAGCAUGAUCCAACUUUCCAUGGUGGACCGGAUAAAGCGAUACACGGUUAUUGCUCCUCUCACUAUUCUGGUUGGAAGGCAGAGCAUCCAGUUGCAGCGGACAGAUUCAGACCGGGAGCUUUUGGCGAAAAUUUUGUCACUAGACACAUGAAUGAGCGCAACGUUUGCAUUGGCGAUGUUAUCGCCGUUGGUGACGAAGUCAUGCUCCAAGUCAGUUUGCCACGACAACCAUGUUACAAGCUCAAUCAUCGUUUCCAGUUGAAGAACUUUGCGCCUACGACGUUCAAGUCUAGUAGGACUGGCUGGUAUUAUCGUGUUCUGAAAGAGGGAACAGUCAAGGCUGGCGACGAAAUUAGGCUCGUCGAGCGCAAGUGGCCCAAGUGGACCAUUGAGAGGGUUCAGGAGUACCUGCACCGGAACCAGACUGACGCGGCUAUGAAUGAGGAACUUGCAUCAAUUGAAGACAUGGGCAAGGAAAGUCGUGGCGCAUUCCAGCGACGAGUGGCCAAGGCUAAAGCUCAAGUCAAGAGGGAAAAGGGGGACCAGUGGAGAGACUUCAAGAUUAUCGAAAAAACAAGACAAACCUCGAGAAUCUCAUCUUUUGUCCUCGAAGCCAUCAACCCGAUCGAGAACCCAGAAUAUCUCAACGAAGGGGCUCACGCAAAGCUCAAGCUUCCGAAUGGCCUCCUUCGGUCUUACUCCGUCAUCUCUGGGGACCGCAACAAGUUCGAGCUCGGCAUUGCUCUCGAGGAGAAGGGCCGUGGAGGAUCCCUCUACAUCCACAACUCUAUGUCUGUAGGCGACAUCCUUCAGGUUGGGCGAAUGACAACCGAUGUACAAGUUGCCAGUGCCUCAAGCAAUCACGUCUUCAUUGUGGGAGGUAUCGGUAUCACCGCCUUUUUGGUCCUUGCCGAGGCCUACCACGAAGUCCACUACAAUUUCGAGAUGCACUACGCCGUUCGCUCGGACGACGAUAUACCGUUUCGUUCUCACUUGGAUGCUCUUGGGAGUAGUGUUCGAUUUUACGACCGUAGUAAAGGCGAGAGGAUGGAUAUCACCGAGAUCAUCAAAACGCUCAAGUGGAACAGCCACGUCUACGUUUGCGGACCUACGCGAAUGACCGAUGCUGUAAGGGUAGCCGCAGAGGAUUGUGGUCUCGAUGAGGGCGACGUACAUUACGAAGCCUUCUCUGCCGAUACAUCGGGAGACCCAUUCGAGGCAGAGGUUCUGAAUCGAGGCGGCAAGAUCAUGAAGGUGGGCGAGGAGGAGACGCUGCUGGAAGUACUUAAGCGGGAGAUCGGGGGCGAUGUGGAGAGUAGCUGCGAAGUCGGACGACAACAUUUCUUCGCGUUGAGCCGAUCACCCGCCAAUAUGUCAACCGCCGAGUCCCAAGGGGAUGGCUUCCUUCUAUUGCCAGUGAAGCUCCCAGCACUUCCCUCGUGCCCCAUCACCGCUCUUCACGAGAUCCGCGUUCGACGAAAUGCGCCCAGGAUCCCGACCGAGAUCGAUGAUCGAAGUCUCUUUCUCAAGAACGUCCCCGUCGACAGCACCGAAGCUCAUUUUCGCCAAGUUUUCUCCGCUCUCGUUGGUCCAGGUCGCUUCGAAAGCAUUGCAUUCGAGGAUGAUCGGAAGAAUGCCGCAGCUGUCGACCCAGUCAACGCUGCGAAGAUUAUGGGUCUAGGCAAGAAGCGCAAGCGCGGCGAACAGGAAGCAGAAGAGAGAGCCCGGGAGGAAGAAAUCGCACGACUGCCCGAGACUUGGACGAGAAGAUUGCGAAAAAGCGGUAGCAGCGCCAUUGCUCUCUUCGCAGAUGAAAAGAGCGUCGAGCUCGUGCUCAAGGCUAUCAGGAAGGCGAACAAGACGACAAAAUUUCCCGUCUGGGGACAGGGUGUUUCCGAGGAUGAGCCCGAGCUUGGAUCCGAAUGGGUAUCUGCACACAUUCAGCUGUCGCGCUGUGACAAGGCGGCAACGCAGAAGUCGGUUCACGCCUUCUUCAACGUUUUCAACCGCAAGGAGAAGGAAGCGGCGGAGAUGGCCAAGAGGUUGCGCAAUGAGCCAGACGAGGACGGCUUCGUCACAGUUGUCCGCGGUGGCCGUGUUGCUCCGGCCAACAAGAACGAGGCCGAAGAAGCCCGACAGAAGAUGAUCGACAGGGCCUCGAAGAAGAAGGACGAGACUACGGACUUCUACCGCUUCCAACUGCGCGAGCGUCGCAAGGCGGAACAAGCCGCUAUGCUGAAGAGAUUCGACGAGGACAAGAAAAAGGUCGAUGCCAUGAAGGAGAAGCGUGGCAAGUUCAGGCCGGAAACAUGA